CAUCCUUCAGAAACAAAAUAUGAUUUGGAUUUUAUAUGCGGUGUAGCCGUAACAUUAACCGGUCACCAGGAUCAAUGCUACCACGUCAAUUUCAUGGCAGCUACCAAAUCGACAUCCAAGAACACACUUUUCUUUGCCGAGUUUUGGUGGGCAUAUCAAGAUCAGUCAAAGCCUUCCGUAUGCUGCCCUCUGCCCCAACCGUAUACCAUGGGUCGUUGCUACUACGGCCAGGAGUCCGCACGUAAGCUCGCCUAUCCGGAUGACUCCAUCGACUAUUUCUCACGCGACAUUACUCAUGGCGGACUAGAUGACACAGAAGGCAUACUAAACACGGACUUUUUGUACUUCGACUCCGAGAGGGACGUCGAGCUUGCCAAGGUCUUGCAGAGGAUGGGCAAGAAAGAAGAGGUCAUGCAAAGGUCCUCUACUGGAAGGCGUGCUGAAUGGACCGCCGGUGUUCCUCUGUGCUAGCUAGGUUUAUUCAUGCUUUGAAUUAUUAUGUAGAAAUGUUUGGAGAAAGCUGGAUACAGUAGUUAACGAGAAUAGUUGGGUGUGGAUUAGUGUGAACCU